GGCGGUCGACUUAACACCGUGAAUUCUAGUGUUGGUUUGAAGGAUGGGGAACCACACGACCCAGAUUCAUCACUGGACGCCGUCGACCGACACAUGCACUCACCACCCCGCGCCAGGAAACAUGUGCCUGGCUAUUCCUGGCUAUCGCAGGCCACGAAGAAGAC